CUUUCACAAAAUAGCACUAAUUAAAUUAAUUAAAUAAAGAGGAAAAGGUCUAUCAUCAAAUAGGAGUAUAUAUUUCCUUUUUUGCUUGAUUUUAUACCAAGUUUACAGCAAAUCAUUCAUACCCUUUAACCAACUUUAUUUUUAAGGGAAUGAUGUUGAUAAGAAUUGAGAUAAAUCAGUAGAUUAAGAAAGGAAUCAGUACCCUCCAAAACAAAACAAAAUUGUAAAUUAAAGAAUAAAGAGAAAUGGAUGAAUACAGUAAAGGUGCAGAUGAUCAUCAACAAUGGCCACAAUGGGUUCCUUAUGAUUGGUUUAUCCAUCGCAACAUCAACAAUACUCUUCACACUCCACUGUAUUAUUACUCCAACCCUCGUGGGAAAAUAUUUCAAUCCAAGGAGGAGGUGGUUUUGUAUCUUGCUAAGCAAAUACAAAAAGCAAAGCGUAUCAAGAAGAAUGUUUUUAAACUUGAAGAUAAAGUAGAAAAAAAGAAAAUAAAAGAAGAAAGUGAGCUACAAUCUCUUGCUAGUCCCAAAGAAUGGCCAGAUUGGCUUCCACAAGAUUGGUGUAUUGCACGAAGUCAUGAAAGCUUCAAUGUGUCUACAGAUAUAGAAGAAGGUUUUGGUGUUAUUCCAUCAACAAAACUCAUCUUGUUCUUUGCGCAUUAUUGUAGUCCUAAGUGGAAAAAGUUCCGAACGAAGGAUGAGGUUCUUCAUCAUCUACAAGAGAACUCUAAAAAGUUUAUCAAGAAACAAAGGACGAAGAAGGUUCUUCAAUCUAAAGAGUACAUUUUACGCCUUUCAUAAAUGUUUUCCACAAUUUUUUCUUGUUGAAAAUAGAAAUGAAUGGUGGAGAAAGUACGUGGAUGACAACAAAAACAGUUUUAUAGUUUAUGUAGUUGAUCCCAAUAUUUUUAGAUUAAGACUUGGACAAUGUCGGCAUUAUUGUUAAUCAUAGAUCUCACUUGUAUCCAGAUUACAGUUAUGUAACAGAAUGAAACACAUGGUUUUAAUAGAUAUUUUAACUUAUUGAGGUUAAUAACUAAUUAAGUAACUGAA